AUGGGUGCAGAACGAAAAAACAAAAGAGGUCCGGCCAAGGGAUAUAUCGAAGGUCUCGAACAUAGAUUACAUGAAGCCGAAUCUCUCCUUCUUGCUCUUCUACCUCUUAUCACACCCAGUCAAUUGCACACCGCAGCAGAUUGCCUCAACUCAAACUCAACGUCCAACAAUUUGGGUGUGACAUCACGAGACUCUGCAUCACCUACACCUCGAAACACGCGCUCAUCGCCUCCUGUCCUGAACAAGAAGACAGGUAUCGACUACUGGGAAUCCUUUCCGUUAGAUACCGUCGAGAACAUUCGCAAAUGGCAGGAUGAUUGUGCCCUUCACAGUUCAGUCCAACCACAACGAGAGUCUCAAGGAUCCUUCCGAAACUCAAUCGAUGAUAUCCGCCCAAAUGUGCACUUUACCCAUCAGAGUUCUCGACCUGGCUCGGUUGACCUCAAGCGAGAGUCAACUAGCUCAUUCACGUCUCGCCAAAGUCAACACCAAUCCGCCCCUUUCCGAUCCAUGUCCAACGACCCAUACCGCAGUGGCACUAGCACACCGGUGCACAUGUCAUCAGGCACACAGCAGUCUCAAAACCAUUCCCAUCACCAAACUUCAACAAGUCAGCAACAGAGCUGGCAAACUAUGAACCUCUUCUCCCCUGUCGCCACCCCUGCCAAUGCACAGUCAAGCCCCUCUACAACCGCCACCUCCAACAACAACACCAUGGGAGCGGAAGCACUUCUCCUCCAAUCCUUUGCCGACUCAAAUUGGGCUCAGCCGAACUCGUUGAACAGCGGCAUGAGCGGCAUGGGAAUGGGACUCGGCGGAAACAUGAACAACGGAAUGGAAAGCAGUCCCAUGGAGAUCGAUACCGGCUUCUUCUCCAGUGAUAUGCAGAGGAGACUGUUCUGGUAG